GUCAGAGUGUUUUACCAACUCUUAUUCUCACACUGCCACACUACAGCACUACUGGUUACCAUGGAGAUAUCACCCUGACGACAGUAGGUAGGAGGACACACACAUGAGACAGGAGGAAACUGGACGGACUGGAAGGACGAGUGGACGGAGAGAGAAGGUGACAGAGGGAAGGAAAAGAGAGAGGGAACAGAAGAGAGGAGAGGAGAGGAGAGGAAGAGAGAAGAUGAGACACUGACAGUUGGACUUUUAAAUGGUGGCAACAGAACUGACGACCUGACUCUUACCAGAACACUACACCUGGCACCACAUCUGAUUGGAUGGUCUAGUCAGAAUGACAGCCGAAGAUCCCGCCUCCUCCUCUUCAGCCAUGAGUAAUAACCCAGCGCCUUCCGGUUCCAACCCCCCAGGCCCUUCCCAUCACUCCCCGCAUGGACCAAUCACAGUGCCCGAGGGUGUGUCCGGGGCCCACAACGAAGCGGCCCUAGUGUCUCUGAUGGAGCGUACGGGGUACGGCAUGGUGCAGGAGAACGGGCAGAGGAAAUACGGCCCCCCGCCGGGCUGGGAAUCCGCCUCCCCGCCACGCGGCUGCGAGAUCUUCGUGGGUAAGAUCCCGCGGGACGUCUACGAAGACGAGCUGGUCCCGGUGUUCGAGUCGGCGGGUCAGAUCUACGAGAUGCGUCUGAUGAUGGACUUUGACGGCAAGAACCGAGGCUACGCCUUCGUCAUGUACACACAGAAACACCAGGCCAAACGCGCCGUGCGGGAGCUCAACAACUACGAGGUGCGUCCCGGACGCCUCCUAGGGGUCUGCUGCUCCGUGGACAACUGUCGCCUCUUCAUCGGGGGCAUCCCCAAAACCAAGAAGAGAGAGGAGAUCCUGGAGGAGGUGUCCAAGGUGACGGAGGGCGUCCUGGACGUCAUAGUGUACGCCAGCGCGGCGGACAAGAUGAAGAACCGGGGCUUUGCCUUCGUGGAGUACGAGAGUCACCGUGCCGCGGCCAUGGCGCGCAGGAAGCUGAUGCCCGGCAGGAUCCAGCUGUGGGGCCACCAGAUCGCCGUGGACUGGGCGGAGCCGGAGAUAGACGUGGACGAGGACGUCAUGGAGACCGUGAAGAUUCUAUACGUCAGGAACCUGAUGAUGGAGACCAGCGAGGACACACUGAGACAGGUGUUUGGCCAGUGGAACCAGGGCUGCGUGGAACGUGUCAAGAAGAUCCGCGACUACGCCUUCGUCCACUUCUCGUCCCGUGACGAUGCCGUGGUUGCCAUGGACCACCUGAACGGGACGGAGGUGGAGGGGUCCUGUAUCGAGGUCACCCUGGCUAAGCCUGUCGACAAGGAGCAGUACACGCGUUACCAGAAGGCAUCCAAAGGGGGCGCUACGGCGUCCGCGGCCGCGGCAGCUCCGGAACCAGUCCAGCAGAACUACGUGUACCAGUGUGACCCCUACACUCUCACCUACUACGGGUACCCUUACAACACGCUGAUCGGACCCAACAGGGACUACUUCAUCAAAGGAGGCCCAAUGAUACAGACCAAUGCAGGUGCUGUGCGAGGUCGUGGCCGAGCGACGGCAGGUAGCCGUGCCCCCGGCCCCCGGGGGUCAUACCUGGGUGGAUACUCUGCUGGGCGGGGUAUCUACAGCCGGUACCAUGAAGGCAAAGCCAAGGGCCCCGACAACAAGGCCUACGAGCUGGUACCCUCUAUGGAGCUGACUGCCUCAGUCAACUCGUUGGGCAUCAAGCCUUGCACAAUGGGCCUGCAGGCUCUAGGAGGCCAGUACCCGGUGUUCCAGGGAGCCAAGAUGAUGGAGGAAGGGAAGAUGCAUCACUCUGUGGAACACCUCAUUAACCCCCUGGCCCUGCAGCACGACCACACAGCCCAGAACACACAGACUGUUAUACCUGCUGUCUCCUCACCUCCACCCUACCAGGGUCGUCCCAUCACACCAGUGUACACCAUGACCCACAACAUGCAGCGUAUCCCCACGGCCAGUGGUCUGUACGGAGGCUAUAUGCCCAUCACCAACUACAACGCUGCUACCCUGGCAGCCCUGCAGAAGAACGCAGCCGUGGCCGCUGCAGCCUACGGAGGGUACGCGGGUUACGCCAUGCCCCAGGCCUUCCCUGCCGCAGCAUUUCAGGUGCCCAUCCACGACGUCUACCAGACCUACUGACAACAGAUACCAGCUACUAGACCUACUGACAACAUCUACCAGACCUACUGACAACAUCUACCAGCUACCAGACCUACUGACAACAUCUACCAGCUACCAGACCGACUGACAACAUCUACCAGACCUACUGACAACAUCUACCAGACCUACUGACAACAGAUACCAGCUACUAGACCUACUGACAACAUCUACCAGACCUACUGACAACAUCUACCAGACCUACUGACAACAGCUACCAGACCUAUUGACAACAGCUACCAGACCUACUGACAACAUCUACCAGACCGACUGACAACAUCUACCAGACCUACUGACAACAUCUACCAGACCUACUGACAACAUCUACCAGCUACCAGACCUACUGACAACAUCUACCAGCUACCAGACCGACUGACAACAUCUACCAGACCUACUGACAACAUCUACCAGACCUACUGACAACAGAUACCAGCUACCAGACCUACUGACAACAGCUACCAGACCUACUGACAACGUCUACCAGACCUACUGACAACAGAUACCAGCUACCAGACCUACUGACAACAGAUACCAGCUACCAGACCUACUGACAACAGAUACCAGCUACCAGACCUACUGACAACAGAUACCAGCUACCAGACCUACUGACAACAGCUACCACACCGACUGACAACAUCUACCAGACCUACUGACAACAGAUACCAGCUACCAGACCUACUGACAACAGAUACCAGCUACCAGACCUACUGACAACAGCUACCACACCGACUGACAACAUCUACCAGACCUACUGACAACAGAUACCAGCUACCAGACCUACUGACAACAGAUACCAGCUACCAGACCUACUGACAACAUCUAGCAGACCUACUGACAACAUCUACCAGACCUACUGACAACAGAUACCAGACCGACUGACAACAGAUACCAGCUAACAGACCUACUGACAACAUCUACCAGACCGACUGACAACAUCUACCAGACCUACUGACAACAUCUACCAGACCUACUGACAACAGAUACCAGACCUACUGACAACAGAUACCAGCUACUAGACCUACUGACAACAUCUACCAUACCUACUGACAACAUCUACCAGACCUACUGACAACAGCUACCAGACCUAUUGACAACAGCUACCAGACCUACUGACAACAUCUACCAGACCUACUGACAACAGCUACCAGACCUACUGACAACAUCUACCAGCUACCAGACCGACUGACAACAUCUACCAGACCUACUGACAACAUCUACCAGACCUACUGACAACAGCUACCAGACCUACUGACAACAGCUACCAGACCUACUGACAACAUCUACCAGCCCGACUGACAACAUCUACCAGACCUACUGACAACAUCUACCAGACAGACUGACAACAUCUACCAGACCUACUGACAACAGAUACCAGACCUACUGACAACAGAUACCAGCUACCAGACCUACUGACAACAGAUACAAGCUACCAGACCUACUGACAACAGCUACCAGACCUACUGACAACAUCUACCAGACCUACUGACAACAGAUACCAGCUACCAGCUACCAGACCUACUGACAACAGAUACCAGACCUACUGACAACAGAUACCAGACCUACUGACAACAGCUACCAGCUACCAGCUGUCUGGUCCACAACGCCUGUUCAACCACCACUCAACGUUCAAACAACUUUUGUGUGUCACGACGUCAGGAACUACAGACGACCAACAGAAGACCUCAUCCCCACAUAUCACCCCCCCCCCCCCCCCGUUCAAAUAACGACACGUCAACUCAAUGUCUUCAACAGCAACGUCUACGCGACGUCCACAUGACGUCUACGCAACGUCUACACGACGUCUACGCAACGUCUACACAACGUCCACAAUGUAAAAAAAACAACCUAAAUGGACCCUGUAACACAAACUCUACUCUGCGUCGGUUCUUCAACGUUAGCCCAACAUCUAGGCUACGGUUCUUCAACGUUAGCCCAACAUCUAGGCUAUGUUAUGACGUGCGCCAAAACCUUCGACGUUUUAACAACGUCUAUGCAACGUCCUACUGACAGGUUCACAUUGGGUCCUAAUGAUGAAUACUGGACUAGACGUUCCCCAACGUUCACACAACAUUCACACAAUAUAUUCUAUGAAUAGAAUAGAGCCUAUAUCGCUCAAAUUCAAAUCUGGAGAGUUCCUCUGCUUUGUUUCAUUGUUCCACUCUAAUCAGGGCCUGAUUUAGACCUGAGACACCAGUCAUUGUUCCCCUCUAAUCAGGGCCUGAUUUAGACCUGAGACACCAGUCAUUGUUCCCCUCUAAUCAGGGCCUGAUUUAGACCUGAGACACCAGUCAUUCUUCCCCUCUAAUCAGGGCCUGAUUUAGACCUGGAACACCAGGCGGGUACCAUUAAUGACCCGGUAGAGGAGAAAAACAGCAUUAGUCCAGACCUGCUAGGUAUCCCAGGAAUCCCCAGGGUCUAUAAUCAUCCACUCCCAUCAGAACCAUUGAUGUAUAGCAGACUGUGUAGAAGAAAACAUAUAAGACCCAAUGAAGGAGAUGUGGUCUGGUCAUGGGUUGAAGUGCUCACCUUUAGCUUUACACUCAACAUCACCCCCCUCCCCCACCUUCUAUGACAACACUGCAUCACCCUGACAAUGGACCCCCCCACCUUCUAUGACAUCACUGCAUCACCCUGACAACGAACCCCCUCACCUUCUAUGACAACACUGCAUCACCCUGACAAUGGACCCCCCCCCACCACCUUCUAUGACAUCACUUCAUCACCCUGACAACGGACCCCCCUCACCUUCUAUGACAUCACUUCAUCACCCUGACAACUGACCCCCCCCUCACCCUCUCCUCCCUGUUGCCUGGGCAACAAGAACAUUGAAGGUACACUGAAAGUAUUUCCGAAGAGGUUUUAUGUUUCUGUUGUUAGUUUUCUGAAAAUAGAAAAAAAGAAAGAUUAACAUUUUACUUUGUUUUAAACGUUUAAAAACAACACAAAUAUAACAAAAUUAAAAAACUAAAAUGAGAAAAAAACAGAAAACUACUGAAAGACAUUUUAUUUUUUAAAUGUAUUAUUAAAAGAGUUAGUGUUUGAAGUUGUUUUCAUUCAUCCAUUCAUGCUGUUAGCUUCAUAGAUUAGUUUUGCUUCUUGUUGUUGGGGGUAUCUAUUAGUUUUCACAUACUGUAAUACUGGGUAUCAUUUUAAAAAAACGUGUACUUUUUUAUGGGUGUUUUUAGUUAUGUUAUACUUCUGUUGUUCUGGAACCUGGGCCUGUCCACUUCACUGUCUCCUCCAGCAGACUAAGACUGAAUUGUUUUAUUUUAUCAUGUUGUUGUUGUUGUUGUUGUUGUUGUUCUGUACUUUAUUCUAAUUGUUUUGUAUUUGCUUGAUUCUCACAUGGUGAAACAAAUAUGGACAAAGGCGUUUAUUAUUUUGUAUUGCUCUGCCCUAACACUCUCUAGCUAACUGCUAAACUAGCAUAUGCUACGUACGCUAAGCUAACUGCUAAACUAGCAUAUGCUACGUACGCUAAGCUAACUGCUAAACUAGCAUAUGCUACGUACGCUAAGCUAACUGCUAAACUAGCAUAUGCUACGUACGCUAAGCUAACUGCUAAACUAGCAUAUGCUACGUACGCUAAGCUAACUGCUAAACUAGCAUAUGCUACGUACGCUAAGCUAACUGCUAAACUAGCAUAUGCUACUUGCUAAGCUUACCGAAACACCCUGUUAGCUUUAUGCUAAGCUUACCGAAACACCCUGUUAGCUUUAUGCUAAGCUUACCGAAACACCCUGUUAGCUUUAUGCUAAGAUAGCAGCAUCACACUCCGCUGAGCUUCAACCCACUGUAAAGCCUUUCUACUAGAGAUCUGUGUCUCUCUGGGUUCAACUAUUGUGCCUUUCCACUAGCCGAUCUUAUGAUCUCUGAACUCAACUGCAGUGCCUGUUGAAUGUGUUUUACUCUCUACACUACACUAGCAUUUCACAGAAUUACUACAUGCCCAAUAGACUGCUUCAUUCUCAGCGGUAGCUGGUCGUUGGAACAGAGACUAUGGUCAGGAUUUAAUCCCAAACCGCUUGACAUUUAGAGGUAAUUUCCAAUUAGGCAGCAGGCAUCGUCGACAAUCAGAUUGAAUCCCUGCCGAUACCUCUCUGGUCCUGGAUCUCUUUGGGUUUCAUACCAACCCGAACACAAACCUAGUAUUCUCUCUCUCUCUCUUUCUCGCUGAUUUCUAAAAGGCAACAGAUUUUCCUGUAAAAGAUAUGAAGGUAUUUUUUUAUACAUUUAGUGUACGCCAACUAAUUAGCAUAAUACGCAAACCCUGGUGGGUUGUGUCUCAAACCACCACGUCCGCCUGUCAGCCUUCCUCAUCUGAGGUGGAAUCGACCUUCCUCAUCUGAGGUGGAAUCGACCUUCCUCAUCUGAGGUGGAAGGUGACCUUCCUCAUCUGAGGGGGAAGUUGACAGAGCUACAGUUUGUCAAGAGAUCGUGGUGAAACAUCCUUGAAAAAUGGGUCUUCUCACAAAUACUUCUGUAGCGUCCUAACGAGUCAGAUUGGACCAUCUUAAAACAAUUCCAUAUGGAACCAGAUUGUACGAUUUAGUUACUUUAGUUGGAACUCAGGGCCCUGGGGCCCUUAGACCCCUUUUUCUUUUAACAGCUUUGUGAUGAGGAAUAUAAUUAUAUUGAAACUAACCUGCCAACUGGAACUAAGCCGUAGAGACACAGACACAGGUUCUCUCUUCCCCCUCACAGCUCCCCUGUAA